AUGUCAAAGUCCCCAGGCCUUGUCAAGCCAGAGCGCAAGACGAGGCGAACCCAUAAAAAUUCCCGGGAUGGGUGUCCCAACUGUCGAGCGAAACGUAUCAAAUGCACGGAGGAGCUCCCGAGUUGCUCUAACUGUGUGAAGAAGAAGUAUCGUUGUGGGUACUUGGACUUUCCUCAAGAACGUCUCGACCACAUACGAAGGAAGAAUGAGAUCAAACGACAGCAGGAGAGCGAGGGUCUUUAUUCGUCAUCUGGCACAUCUCUGGGAGGCCAGAAAGCUGACACGGACAUCAAAAGCGUCCUGAGUGCUCUGGAAAAGAAAAAGAAUCUGAGUUCAUCCCUACGGCAGAAAAGAGCGGAGUUGGCUGCUCAAAAUCUGGACUCAGUGUUCAACAACCGAUCAGAAAAUUUCAGAUCCCUCGUUUAUUCGGCUGUAUUCAGCGACCUUAACAACAACGACCUCAGCAUGAUUCGUGAUAUGCAACAUACGGAGUUCAAGCCAUGGCAAGACUUACUGAACAUUUUCGAAAACUCUAUUUUUCUCGAUCACCCAUCAGUCACAGAAUUUCCUACAGGCCAGGACUUGUCUUCCAAACCUACCCCACCGACACAUAUGGACCUUGCAAUAGAAACGCCUGAUUUCGAUACUUCUUCGACUCUCAACGAAAAGUCACACCAGAGAACACCCAAUGUGACUCCAACUCUAAACAGAUCUGACGAGAGCUCUCCACAAGUGAUUGAUGAAUUCAGAAGUGGCCACCAGUUAUCAAGACCUGCCACUAUGAAUGGUGGGCCGCCUCUCCCACAAGCCAUCUUGAAGCGGGUCAGAUUCAAGCUACAUAGCAUACCUCAACAUCUUGAAAACCCGUUUCUACAAAGUGCUCUUCAAGGUAUGAGCAAUGGUCGGAUUGAUGUCCGUCAUGUGAUGAACGACAAAUUCACCACCAUAGUCCAGCCGGUCUGGAAAGAAGAGACGUUCAGGGAAUUUUGGCUCACCAUUUUCAAUCAGGCCUCCAUGCUCAAUUUGUACUUUGUGUAUUUUAUUGACAAGGCGGUCAAUAUAUCCAAACGAAGUGCUGAAAUAGUGGUUAAUCGCGAGUUCGAUAGCAACCACUCGAGUACAAGUCUGACCUCCAAUAGCUCAUCUCCAAUGAGCAAUCAGAGCUUGAGUCCGAACAAUGGGAACUACUCUGAAUUCUUCUACAACCCAGACGAUUUGAAAAAAUUAACCCGUUUGCUGUACAUUACUUAUGGAAGAGUGCUUCGAGCCUUGCGGGAGUCAAUUGCAAACUAUCAUGUCGAGUACCCCAUUAAGAUGUCGAUGUUUUCAGCAUGGGCAUGCUUCUGGAACACUUCAUCUGAUGUAUCCACACUUUGCAUGAUGUUCACCGGAGCACUUACUUUGGCAAUCAGGCUUUUAAAUGAAGCACAAUCUAUUUCCGAGGUGAGCAUUGCAGUGCGGCAAGAGAUCAUGAUUCUCAACGGUCAUUCUAGUGCAUCUAUAUUUCCGGAUUAUCUGUUACGUGCUAUUGGAGAACUCUCUUCGUCGUUCCAUGCUUACAAGAGAAUCGUAAGCGACUUAAUGUAUAAUUUUGAAAAUGGUCUUGUGAAAUAUGAUGAUCGAGUCGUGGCUGCUUUGCGGAAUCCCCUUUUCAGGCAUAGCAUCAACGAAAUGAGUACAUUUUUGAAGAAGCUUCAAUUCGAUUAUAUUCCGCAGAUGCAGGCAAUCAACGCAUACUAUUUGAAGCUGUACUCACUCGACACUACGGUGGAGGGUUUCAAAUUUGUUUCACCUUCACUAUUAUAUAAUUUGGUGUUCGACUGGUUCCGGAUCUUCCGAGGAGACAAAUUCUCUUUGGUGGGCAAUACUAGUAUCGUGCACAGGACAGUGUGCGUUUUCUACCAUGCUCUUGGAAGAUGCUUGGCGAUGUGCAUCACGCCUAUACGAUCUAUUAUGUUAUUAGAUCCAUGCAAUGUGAUUGCACCCAAGACCGGGUUUGAGAUUCCCGAACCGCCGUACGAGCCCUUUCCCGAAUUCCAAGCAAUAUAUCAGAUCGACGCGAGCCUCACUCGUAUGAUCAAGUUCUUUGAUUAUCGUCAAGCGUUUAUUGGAUACCACAUUGGGCACACACUCAUCUCAAAUUAUGUCGAGUUUGAUGACAGCCCAGUGCCUGAAGAGUUUGAGUACAAGGAUAUUAUUCGGAUCAAAAUUGAAAAGCUUCAGGUGGCGGAGGUGCAGCCAGCCAGUUUGAUGAGCGGCACGUUCAAUGUACAUAACUUUCCGAUAUUUGACGAGAUAUCACAGGAUGGCGAAUGCUAUCAUUUGCUUCGGCAGGAGCUUGACAGACAGGCGCUGUCGAUUCGGACGGAGCCGUUGAGAUUUGAUUACCAAAUCGGGUUGCUGAAUCACGAUUUUCAACCGGAUCGGUUAUUGGAAGCGUACAUACGGAAGCGUCAGGCGGAACUGAUGCGAGAUCUCUCGCCUGGGCUCGAGGAGUUGCGGAUGUGGGCCGAGAGUUUUGCAAAGAGCGGCAACAAGCUCAUGCAAGCCAUUAAGAAGGAGCGAAGCCAGCUGGAAGCUACAGGCGACCGGGCGGCCUGA